ACGUGAGAUUCCUCUUUUCUUGCGAAACGACGUAAUUGUGUACUGUCAGCUGAUUGUCAAAUAAGGCGUGUGAUAACAAAUAGUUGGUACCAACAUUUAUAAAAAUGCUGCAAUUAUUUGGAAGAGUUCCGAAAAAUGUUUUUGCACCAAACAUUUUAUUAACCAACCAAGGUGGAUCGAAUGUUGGUCUUCCGUCGUCUUGCGUAUGUUUAUACAAUAGGUUUAACUCUACUGUAACGCAACCGGCAUCAGUAUCUGAGGAAUUUCGUCAAAAGCAGAAACGCUUUAACAUAAAAGCAGAUCAUGUGGAAGGUAGACCACUUUAUCUAGACGCUCAGGCGACUACACCCUUGGAUCCUCGUGUCUUGGACGGAAUGUUGCCUUACAUGACGAACUACUACGGAAAUCCACAUUCUCGCACUCAUGCAUAUGGUUGGGAAUCUGAGAAGGCCGUAGAAACGGCACGAGAACAGGUGGCAAAGUUAAUUGGUGCAGAGCCAAAAGAGAUCAUUUUUACAUCAGGAGCUACAGAGAGUAAUAAUAUUGCGGUUAAAGGUGUCGCUAGAUUCUACGCAAGUAAGAAAAAGCACGUGAUUACUACACAAACAGAACACAAAUGUGUGCUGGACUCUUGCCGUGCUUUGGAGAAUGAAGGUUUUCGAGUGACCUAUUUGCCUGUUAAAUCAAAUGGUAUUAUUGAUAUUAAGCAACUGGAAGAAUCUAUGACACCGGAUACAUCAUUGGUGUCCAUUAUGACUGUAAACAAUGAAAUUGGCGUGAAACAGCCGAUUGCUGAAAUCGGUGAACUUUGCCGUUCACGCAAAGUAUUCUUCCACACAGAUGCAGCACAGGCUGUAGGCAAAAUUCCCAUCGACGUAAAUGCAAUGAACAUUGAUUUAAUGUCAAUAUCUGGACAUAAAGUGUAUGGUCCAAAAGGAAUUGGAGCAAUUUAUGUGCGUCGUAGACCACGUGUUCGCCUUGAACCAAUUCAAAGUGGAGGUGGGCAAGAACGUGGUCUACGUAGCGGCACUGUACCCGCACCACUUGUUGUUGGAUUUGGAAUUGCAUGCGAUCUAGCUUUAAAAGAAAUGGACUAUGAUAAAAAGUGGAUUGAUUUCCUUUCGAAACGCUUGUAUGACAGAAUCACUAGUGCUUUGCCUCAUGUCAUCCGUAACGGUGAUGCCAAGCAGACUUAUAGUGGUUGCUUGAAUUUAUCUUUUGCCUACGUUGAGGGCGAAUCUUUGUUGAUGGCCCUGAAAGAUGUUGCUCUAUCUAGCGGCUCAGCUUGUACUUCAGCGUCAUUGGAGCCUUCCUAUGUACUGCGUGCAAUUGGCACCGAUGAGGACUUGGCACAUAGUUCAAUAAGGUUUGGAAUUGGUCGCUUUACCACCAUUCAGGAGGUUGAUUACACCGCCGACAAAUGUAUCAAACACGUCGAACGUUUGCGCGAAAUGUCUCCAUUGUGGGAAAUGGUACAAGAAGGCAUUGACUUAAAAAAUAUUCAAUGGUCACAGCACUAGUUUAACUGAGCUGCAACCAUUGUGUCAGAACUGUAUUGUAUUGUACCUAUAAGAGUUCGGCUAAUGCCCUCGUUAUAUGCCGAUUUUGUAUUGAAAAUGUGUGAAAAUUUGGAAUAUUGGAACGAUGCUGCUUUAUUUUUCGUAAUAUUUCAUAGAUCGUAUUAAGGAGUGAAACAAAAUAAAAUAUUGGAAAGAGA